AUGAAAUCAACAUCUCUAUUGAUAUCUUUGGUUCUUUUUAUUUCCAUCUGCAUUUCCACACAUGUCAAUUGUGCAUGGAACUUGCCACCACUCGGUUCUCCAAGAAUACUCUUUGCAGAUUCGUCCUACUUGACGAAACUAAAGUCUGACAUGGCAAAGCCAACCAAUUACGCCACUUCUUUCAAAAACUUUGUUAAUAGUGGAAUUUCUGGUGGCGGAUCCGUCUAUCUAUUCGAAGCAUGGCACUCAGCUCUAUUAUUCAUGGUCACAGGACAAGUUUCCUAUUGUAACUAUGCAGUUCAAAAUAUAGAUUCCAUUGUAGCUCAAGAAGAAUCCAUCAUUGCCAGUGGGAACAUUCCAUCCAUUGCAGGAGAUAGUUAUCUUGAUGUUGGAUAUGGUUUGCAUAAUAUAAUGACUGUCUAUGAUUGGUGUCGAGCACAAACAAGUCAAUCUCAAAGAAAUCGAUGGACAAAUUAUGCCAAUCAAGCAGUUUCUAAUAUUUGGAAUUGCUCAACAGCGACAUGGGGUGGUAAAGAUGCUGCAUGGUCAUGUUGGUCGGUGGAUAAUCCAGGAAACAAUUAUUAUUACUCCUUUUUGAGAGCAACCAUGAUGGUUGGGUUAGCCACAUACGGAGAGAAUGCAAGUGCUGAUAUGUGGUUGAGACAAUUUAGAAAUGUCAAGAUUGGAAAUCAAUUAAUUCCAUAUUUUAAUGGAGAGCUCAAGACAGGUGGCAGUUUGGAAGGAACUGGGUAUGGUAUUUCACAUAAGGAAUUGUUUAAUUUGUAUAUUUGGUGGCAAUUGUCAACUGGUGAAAAUAUUGCUGACCUGACUUCACACACUUACAAUUCGUUACAAUGGAUUUUGCAUCAAAUGGUUCCACAAUUGGAUGCAUUGGCAAAUAUUGGCGAUCAAGCACGUGAUUCCUCUGCAUCUUUCUAUGAUUAUCAUCGUCAUUACAUUAUUGCUCUUUGCUAUUUAUAUCCAAAAUCCAAAUUAGCAAAAUCAGCUAAAAUUCUAUUAUCCAAAUCGAGUGUUCCUCAAAUGACAAGCGGUUUCAAUACUUAUAUAGAUUACAUUUAUGAUAUCAGUUCUAUUGAAACAGUUCCACUCAAUUCAACCUAUAUUACAACUUCAUUCAGGGGAGAUUCAACUGGAACUCUUGCCUUACGUUCAAGUUGGGAUUCUGAUGCAGUUUAUGCUAAUUUAGUUUGUGGACCACUUGUAGAAUCUCAUGCACAUCAAGAUCAGGGAAGUUUUAUUCUAUAUCACAAGGGUUGGUUGGCAUAUGAUCAGAAUUUCAAUAGUCAUUCUGGAAUUCAACAAAUGAAUCACUAUCAUAAUUUGGUUAGAAUUGUUAGUGACAAUGAGAUUAUUCUUCAAUCUGGAGGAUCUCCUUGUAAUAUGAGUGCACUUUCUGAUAAUUCUGUUUAUUCCUAUGCACUUUCACUUGUUACUCCUCUAUAUGAUAGUAAUAAUUACAAUUCGAAAGGUUUAGUUACCAAAGUCGAAAGAGAAUUUGUAUUUAUCAAACCAAGUACAUUUGUUGUUUUUGAUAGAGUGGCAACAAAGACUAAUUCCAAAGCUAAAAGAAUACUUUCGCUUAAUUUUAUGGAUAAACCAAGCUAUUCCAAUGGAAAUUUGGUUUUUAAUUCAAAGAGUUCCAUUACUGUUAAAACUCUUUCUCCAACCUCAAAUUUAAACGUUUCCAUUAUUGAUUGGAAAACUGAAGAUUCUGAUAACAAUGCUGGAUAUAGAGUUGACUAUUUGGAUACUUCAUCAUUAGAUUCCACUAACUUUUUACAAGUAAUUUCAAUCAACUCUUCUGUUGCCUCAUCCAUUAGGGAUGAUGUUAGUGGAAAAAUAGGAGCAACAAUUAGUUUGAAUGAUGGACGAAAGGUAACUGUUCGAUUCAAUACUGCCAGUACUGGUGGAUCAAUCGUGGUUAUUUCCAAUAAGCAAACAACAUUGGUGAAUGAGGAUCUCACAACCAGUAAGCAAGCUCUUGGUGUGGGAGAGGUAAUAGUUCCACUUUCAUCACCUAAACCUGUUCCAAUUUCUUCUGUGCAACCAGGUCAAAAAUCAAGCAAAGCAUUUACAUCAACAAGAGUUAAUUCUAGUCGGCCAUCUCAAAUGAGUAGUUUGUUCUUCAUUAUUGUAAUAAUUGGUUUCAUUUUAAUAAAUUAA